AUGAAAUCUAGAAGGCCUUUUCUCCUGGCCGUAUCCUCGAUAAUUGUGACUGCGAUAAUAUUGGUUGCCCGCCAUGGAUCGUCCGAUACGGUACCAUAUUUUGGAUCACCAGCAACACUUAAAAAGACUUUCGGAUAUCAACAGACAGGAGCGGAUGAUGGAUGGGUCGAGGAUAACUGGAAAGAGAACGCAGCGGCAACCGAAUCGGCACAGAACUGUCAUGUUAUCGAAAAUCUGGAGUGGCUGGACAAGUACAAUUUAUCAUACCCGCUGAAAGUUGCACACCGAGAUAUUAUCGCAAAACCUAAUGAUGGAGCAAGACCGUUGAUCACAACCAUGGAUGAGUCCUUAUUUGAUAACCAGAAGGUUUUCCAACGGGGAGAACUUUCUGUCGAUAGAGUCGUCGACCGCUGUUUCCCGCUCACUCUCGAAGUACCUUACCCUCCAAGUCACCAAAUCGACGCCUCGCAUAUGAUAUUUGGUCUGCAGACUACGAUGAAACGUCUCCGCGAUACAAAACAGCAUCUUGCACGAUGGUUGCCCAACAGUGGAGCUCGUUUAUUUGCAAUCGUCAAAGAAAAUGAGGAGAAACCAGCAUCUAAAUCCGACAUGGCUCUACUUCAGAAGGAUUAUCGUAAAGCAGGCAUGGACGUCACAAUAAUACCACCAGUUAAGAAAGGAGAUUUCUUUAACCAGCGAUAUUUCUCCCUGAUAAAUGUCAUGUAUGCGGCUCGCAAUAAGCAAACAAAAUGGACUGUUAUCAUGGAUGACGACACAUUCUUCCCUUCUUUUCGGGCUUUACUUGACGAACUUGCUCAUCACGACCACACCCAACCUCAAUACAUUGGCGGAUUAUCCGAGGACUGGGCAGCUGUAAGAAUGUACGGGCUGAUGGCAUUUGGAGGAGCUGGAGUCUUUCUUUCUACGCCACUGGCCAAAAUUGUGCAUGAUAAUAACAAUGAGUGCAAAAAUAACAUGCGAUUCACCUCGGGAGAUACGCUGGUGAUGGACUGCAUAGCUCGACAUUCAACUGCCCAACUUAAGCCAAUAGCUGGACUUUCGCAAAUCGAUCUCACCGGAGACCAUUCCGGAUUCUAUGAGAAUGGCAGAAGGAUAUUAUCUUUACAUCAUUGGAAAGCAGGAUCUGUGACGAAAUAUCCCUACGAGAUGGACAAAAUGCACUUGGUAUCGGACGUGUGUGAUGAAUGCUUUCUACAACGUUGGCAAUUCAAAAAUGAUAUCGUCCUUACCAAUGGGUUCAGCAUUGCGAAAUAUUCCGAGGGGUCAUUAGAGCGAGGAGCGAAAAAAUCAAGUAAUUCGACAGCUUUGGAUGACGGCAGUGUCGAUUUGAGGAGAACAGAGGUGACUUGGGAUAAGAAUAUUGAUGUUAUGCACAGUUUAGCACCAACACGACCAGCAUUGAACGAGGAACAGAAAUUGAGCUGGAACUUUUUGGAUAGCUUCUUGAUUGAGAAUGGGAAUGUGGUUCGACAGGUGUAUUUGAGAAGGGGAAUAAAGGGAGAAGGAGAGAUGGGGAAGAAAAGCGACGAAGUGCUGAUCCUGGAUUGGAAACAAGCAAAAAGCAUCACCGGGAAGGACAUGAAGUGA